AUGGAACAAGGAAAGGAUGGGGCAACGCGGCAAGCAGAGGGACGAGAAGAGGGAGGAGCAACAGAAGAGCACGAUUCGGCUGUUCUGAGAGCAAUGACUGCUAAUGGGACUCAUGCUGCUGCCGCUACUUCUGAUCCAAGUCAAGAGUCGGGUUGUGAAGCAGCAGAUGAAGCAGCAGUGAUGUCUGCUUUGGAAGAUUUGCUCAACCUCCAUGUGAACACACUCGACUUGUACCGUCAGUUUGCCGAGUGCGACACACACUUCUCGUCCCUCCUCCCCAUGAUCACCGGCUACCGGAUACUCCGACAGGAUCCAGUGGAGUGUCUAUUUCAGUUCAUCUGCUCCUCUAACAACCACAUCUCCAGAAUAUCAUCAAUGGUGGAGGUGUUGUCACAGCAGGGUCCCCUCGUAGCCACCAUCAACGGUCGUCCCUUCCACGCCUUCCCCUCGCUGCACCGUCUCUCCUCGCUCUCAGAGCCCUACUUGAGGGAGCGCGGGUUUGGCUACCGAGCAGCGUUCAUAGUGCAGACCGCAUGCCAGCUUCACCAGAUGCAAGCCACAAGCGGCACAAGCGGCAGUGAGUGGUUGCAGGCGAUGCGGCAGCAGGCAUGGCAGGAGGUGGAGCGGGAGCUGUGUGUGCUGCCAGGCGUGGGCCCCAAGGUGGCCGCAUGUGUGGCGCUGCUGUCUCUGGACCAGCAUGCUGCUGUGCCCGUUGACACUCACGUCUGGCAGGUGCGGUGGAGUGUGGUGAGUUGGUUGCAUGCGGUGCUGGGCACAUCUGCUGUGCUGUGUGGUGAAGUGCGGGUCUGGGUGAUAAGCUGCUUGAAAGCAGGUUCAAGACAGCAGGUGUGGCAGGAGGUGGGGAGGCAGCUGUGCAUGCUGCCAGGCGUGGGCCCCCAAGGUGGCGCGUGUGUGGCACUGCUGUCGUUGGACCAGCAUGCUGCCAGGCGUGGGCCCCCAAGGUGGCGCGUGUGUGGCACUGCUGUCGUUGGACCAGCAUGCUGCCAGGCGUGGGCCCCCAAGGUGGCGCGUGUGUGGCACUGCUGUCGUUGGACCAGCAUGCUGCCAGGCGUGGGCCCCCAAGGUGGCGCGUGUGUGGCACUGCUGUCGUUGGACCAGCAUGCUGCCAGGCGUGGGCCCCCAAGGUGGCGCGUGUGUGGCACUGCUGUCGUUGGACCAGCAUGCUGCCAGGCGUGGGCCCCCAAGGUGGCGCGUGUGUGGCACUGCUGUCGUUGGACCAGCAUGCUGCCAGGCGUGGGCCCCCAAGGUGGCGCGUGUGUGGCACUGCUGUCGUUGGACCAGCAUGCUGCCAGGCGUGGGCCCCCAAGGUGGCGCGUGUGUGGCACUGCUGUCGUUGGACCAGCAUGCUGCCAGGCGUGGGCCCCCAAGGUGGCGCGUGUGUGGCACUGCUGUCGUUGGACCAGCAUGCUGCCAGGCGUGGGCCCCCAAGGUGGCGCGUGUGUGGCACUGCUGUCGUUGGACCAGCAUGCUGCCAGGCGUGGGCCCCCAAGGUGGCGCGUGUGUGGCACUGCUGUCGUUGGACCAGCAUGCUGCCAGGCGUGGGCCCCCAAGGUGGCGCGUGUGUGGCACUGCUGUCGUUGGACCAGCAUGCUGCCAGGCGUGGGCCCCCAAGGUGGCGCGUGUGUGGCACUGCUGUCGUUGGACCAGCAUGCUGCCAGGCGUGGGCCCCCAAGGUGGCGCGUGUGUGGCACUGCUGUCGUUGGACCAGCAUGCUGCCAGGCGUGGGCCCCCAAGGUGGCGCGUGUGUGGCACUGCUGUCGUUGGACCAGCAUGCUGCCAGGCGUGGGCCCCCAAGGUGGCGCGUGUGUGGCACUGCUGUCGUUGGACCAGCAUGCUGCCAGGCGUGGGCCCCCAAGGUGGCGCGUGUGUGGCACUGCUGUCGUUGGACCAGCAUGCUGCCAGGCGUGGGCCCCCAAGGUGGCGCGUGUGUGGCACUGCUGUCGUUGGACCAGCAUGCUGCCAGGCGUGGGCCCCCAAGGUGGCGCGUGUGUGGCACUGCUGUCGUUGGACCAGCAUGCUGCCAGGCGUGGGCCCCCAAGGUGGCGCGUGUGUGGCACUGCUGUCGUUGGACCAGCAUGCUGCCAGGCGUGGGCCCCCAAGGUGGCGCGUGUGUGGCACUGCUGUCGUUGGACCAGCAUGCUGCCAGGCGUGGGCCCCCAAGGUGGCGCGUGUGUGGCACUGCUGUCGUUGGACCAGCAUGCUGCCAGGCGUGGGCCCCCAAGGUGGCGCGUGUGUGGCACUGCUGUCGUUGGACCAGCAUGCUGCCAGGCGUGGGCCCCCAAGGUGGCGCGUGUGUGGCACUGCUGUCGUUGGACCAGCAUGCUGCCAGGCGUGGGCCCCCAAGGUGGCGCGUGUGUGGCACUGCUGUCGUUGGACCAGCAUGCUGCCAGGCGUGGGCCCCCAAGGUGGCGCGUGUGUGGCACUGCUGUCGUUGGACCAGCAUGCUGCCAGGCGUGGGCCCCCAAGGUGGCGCGUGUGUGGCACUGCUGUCGUUGGACCAGCAUGCUGCCAGGCGUGGGCCCCCAAGGUGGCGCGUGUGUGGCACUGCUGUCGUUGGACCAGCAUGCUGCCAGGCGUGGGCCCCCAAGGUGGCGCGUGUGUGGCACUGCUGUCGUUGGACCAGCAUGCUGCCAGGCGUGGGCCCCCAAGGUGGCGCGUGUGUGGCACUGCUGUCGUUGGACCAGCAUGCUGCCAGGCGUGGGCCCCCAAGGUGGCGCGUGUGUGGCACUGCUGUCGUUGGACCAGCAUGCUGCCAGGCGUGGGCCCCCAAGGUGGCGCGUGUGUGGCACUGCUGUCGUUGGACCAGCAUGCUGCCAGGCGUGGGCCCCCAAGGUGGCGCGUGUGUGGCACUGCUGUCGUUGGACCAGCAUGCUGCCAGGCGUGGGCCCCCAAGGUGGCGCGUGUGUGGCACUGCUGUCGUUGGACCAGCAUGCUGCCAGGCGUGGGCCCCCAAGGUGGCGCGUGUGUGGCACUGCUGUCGUUGGACCAGCAUGCUGCCAGGCGUGGGCCCCCAAGGUGGCGCGUGUGUGGCACUGCUGUCGUUGGACCAGCAUGCUGCCAGGCGUGGGCCCCCAAGGUGGCGCGUGUGUGGCACUGCUGUCGUUGGACCAGCAUGCUGCCAGGCGUGGGCCCCCAAGGUGGCGCGUGUGUGGCACUGCUGUCGUUGGACCAGCAUGCUGCCAGGCGUGGGCCCCCAAGGUGGCGCGUGUGUGGCACUGCUGUCGUUGGACCAGCAUGCUGCCAGGCGUGGGCCCCCAAGGUGGCGCGUGUGUGGCACUGCUGUCGUUGGACCAGCAUGCUGCCAGGCGUGGGCCCCCAAGGUGGCGCGUGUGUGGCACUGCUGUCGUUGGACCAGCAUGCUGCCAGGCGUGGGCCCCCAAGGUGGCGCGUGUGUGGCACUGCUGUCGUUGGACCAGCAUGCUGCCAGGCGUGGGCCCCCAAGGUGGCGCGUGUGUGGCACUGCUGUCGUUGGACCAGCAUGCUGCCAGGCGUGGGCCCCCAAGGUGGCGCGUGUGUGGCACUGCUGUCGUUGGACCAGCAUGCUGCCAGGCGUGGGCCCCCAAGGUGGCGCGUGUGUGGCACUGCUGUCGUUGGACCAGCAUGCUGCCAGGCGUGGGCCCCCAAGGUGGCGCGUGUGUGGCACUGCUGUCGUUGGACCAGCAUGCUGCCAGGCGUGGGCCCCCAAGGUGGCGCGUGUGUGGCACUGCUGUCGUUGGACCAGCAUGCUGCCAGGCGUGGGCCCCCAAGGUGGCGCGUGUGUGGCACUGCUGUCGUUGGACCAGCAUGCUGCCAGGCGUGGGCCCCCAAGGUGGCGCGUGUGUGGCACUGCUGUCGUUGGACCAGCAUGCUGCCAGGCGUGGGCCCCCAAGGUGGCGCGUGUGUGGCACUGCUGUCGUUGGACCAGCAUGCUGCCAGGCGUGGGCCCCCAAGGUGGCGCGUGUGUGGCACUGCUGUCGUUGGACCAGCAUGCUGCCAGGCGUGGGCCCCCAAGGUGGCGCGUGUGUGGCACUGCUGUCGUUGGACCAGCAUGCUGCCAGGCGUGGACACCCACGUUUGGCAGGUGCGGCGGUGCUCUACGUGGUGAGGUGUGGUGCUGGGUGGUACGAGCUGGCUCAGAGGCACUAUGCGAGCAGCAUCAAGGGCAAGACGCUCACUGCGCGGGUGCGAGUGCAGCUCACGCAGGCGCUGGAGCAGGUGUUUGGGCCCAUGUGUGGCUGGGCUGUCAACGCCAUGUUCGCCUCUGAGCUGCCCGCUGUCAAAGCACGCUUCGCUGCUGCAGGCGGUUAA